ACCAAUGUUUUUGACUUAUGUUUAAUUUAAGAUUCCACUGUUUGGUAUCAUGUCAUCCGACUCAGCUGAUCCAUUUUACUGGAUACGUGUCAUUUUGGCUUCUAACAGAGGUAGGCUAAUUUGGGUAAAAUUACUUAAUAAGCAUGAUAGUAUUUUAAUAGAUCUAUCCUUUUCACUUGAAUUUAUAAACAUUGGUUUUAUGAAUCUUAAAAUAUUACUAAGGCCAAGGAAAAAAUACCUGGGUUUCCACUGAAAUCAUCAGCCCUAAUUUUUUUCUGAAGUUUGUAAAGAGCUUGGAACAAUUUUUCGUACCCAGUCUGUGUCAUUAGUUUGUACUAGCUGUAUAAAGUAUAACUUGUUUGAUAACAUCUAACAAAUGUUUUUGCCAUCUGUGCUGCCGUAAUUGACUACAAUUCUCAUGCAUGAGCAUUUAUAAAAAAAAUUACAAAAAGAAAAGAUAGCCUGACCUAGCCUACCUAUGUUUUUGCAACAAGAAAUAGGAGUCCAGGUAUUUCUUUUUUUGGCCUAAUUUAAAGUGGAAGUCAAGUCCGUUCUGCGCAUCGGUUCUGCUCAUAACAAUGUGAGGACCUCUAAUGUGAAAAUUGCCCAAAUUUCGAAUGUUUCGAAUUUUUCUGAACAUAAACUCUAUUUCAUAUUCAUUUAGAAGCAUAGCGGACCAAAAUAGUGUUAGAUAUUCAGACAGUACAUCAUAUUUUAAAAAAUACAGCAGUUCAAAAUGUAAACAAACCGUUUGUUUACAUUACAGACUUGACUUCCACUUUAAUGAAUUUUAAUGUGAACUAGAAUUGUGUUAAAAUUCCAUUACCAGUAGAUAUUUUUUUAAGAAGACAAAAAGUAAUCAGUGAUAUCCCAUUUGUCUUUAGGAACAUUGAUGGAGCUGGGUAUAUCUCCUAUUGUGACUUCAGGUUUAAUUAUGCAGGUAAAAUAAAUGUAAUUUUGGCUGAUAUGUACAGUAUCAACCCUUGAAAUUCAACUAUUUUUGCCUCGGCAAAUAAUUGCCGAAGACUUUCGAUAAUUUUUGAGUUUGCCACGGCAGUGCCUCAGCAAUUUUUUUUGCCGAGGCACGCAAUGAAAUCACCUUAAAUUCCUUCGGCAAUUACUUCGACACCCUUCGGCAUUCACGUCGGCAGUUGUAAUUAAAGUAAAGUACAUAUACGGAAAUUAUUGUAAACAAAUAUUAUAACGAGCGUAGAUUCUGAGACUUCUGACGUUCGACAAUUUGUUGUUAUUUUACAAAUUCCUGAUUCAAAAUGUUUUUUAAAAAGUUAGUGGUAAUUUACAACCAAUUGUAUGAAAGAAUAAACUUGACGGUAAAAUCACGCGACAGUCUAAAAGAUAAAACAAAGUUUCUCGACGUACCAUCUUUAAUUAAACCAUCAAGAUUGUUCUUUAUUUCAACCGAAGCCGACGCUGAAAAGCUCAAAUUUAAAUAUUUUGUAAAGUAGCUAUGAAAUCUUCUGUUGUUCACCCGACGUCGAUGACAACAAUUCGAACAAAGAAGUGAUACCAGGCCUUAAAAUAUCUUUUACGGGGCCGUCUGACAAAAUGUCCGGUGACGUUGAGUUUGGGUCGGACAUAUGUCCGAUGACCUUCAGUUCAGUUUUGACUCGGAAAUAAGUCUGAAUGACACAAAUGAAUAAACGGUAAAUGUUGUAAAGAUAUUAAAUAAUUUGUUUCUUUCAUACUUAUGUCCAAGCCAAAAUUAGCUUGCUUUCCAGAACAGCAGUAUUAAUAGAGCCUUCGACAACUUAAGCCCGUUUUCCACUUCACCAUUUCACUCGCCGCCCCGUGCUCGACUACGUUAAAACAACAUUUCCAGUUCACUUUUUAUACAAUAGUACUAUGAUUUUAUACAAGCCUCUAGUCCUGGGCUAGGAUACAUUUUGAUUUACGUCGGACAAAGCUACAGUUCGGUCUGACACCAAUACACUCAGGUCGGACAAACAAUAAACCUCAGUUUCACUUUGGUCGGACAGAAUGUCCGGUGGUUUCCUCUCUACGUCGGACAAUUUCACGAAUGAGUCGGACAAUGUCCGUGACCGACCGAUAUUUUAAGGCCUGGAUACAAAAAACGAACACUGUAGUUUGUAUAUUUAAGAAAAAAAAAACGAACAGACACUGUAGUUUGUAAUUUAAGGAACAGCGGGUGGAAUUGCCUCGGCAUUUUUUUGCCAAGGCAAACUAUGAAAAAUCGUAACUUGCCUCGGCAUUUGCGUCGCCAAUUGCCGAAUGCCGAGGCGAAUUUCGAGGGUUGAGUAUUGAAAAAAAUACUGAAAUUGACAUCAAACUAUAAUACUGACAAUAUCAAUAUGCAACAACAGCCUAUUUGUAAUUGUUGUAGAUUAUAAAAAAAAUUCUUAAAUUAAUGUUCCAAAAUUAAUUAAUUUUAAAUGUUUUCAUAGCUUUUGGCAGGAGCUAAGAUUAUCGAGGUUGGUGACUCUGUGAAGGAUCGUGCUCUGUUUAAUGGAGCUCAAAAAUGUAAGUAUACUGUAGUCAAGAAUAAUUCAGCCUCAAGUCAGGAAAUAAACCCAAUAUGAAUAUUAUUCAAAAGCAAAAGCACUCUUUUAAUACCCAUUCAUUGGACAGAGUAAAAUAUUCUAUUUAUUUGUAGUUUAGUGUUGAAUAAGCUGUACUACACCUUGUCAGUAUGGGCAAGCACCACUGCCAAUAACAUUUGCAGAUUCCAUACUAUCCUGUUUGACAAUUAUGAAUUCAAGAACAUUUGACCAUCUAUUACUUUGAGUCUGAAUGAACUGUACUGGAUUCCUGUCAAACUUCACUUACUCUGUAGUAUUGUGACCAGACUAUUCAUCAAAGCAAUUCACGAGGAGAGCCAACAUUUAAGUUGCACUAGUAACUCAAACAUCCCUUUCUUCAAGAGUGCAACUGACCAGUGGACAUUUUAUUACCACACAGUCAAUUAAUUUUUUUAUAUACAAGUUACAUAAAUAUCUAUUAGAGAGACAUUUUACUAUUUAAAUUUUCAAAUUGUUAAACAUAUAUAUCCUUUACAUAGUUUUUAUUUUAGUUAGAAUUUUAUAUAUUUUCAUUAGUAUAGUUUACUGUACACUACUUUUUUAAAGAAAGCCCCUUUGGAGAGAGUUAAAUAAAAUAUUGUUUUGUUAAGUAGAGUGCAUUGCCACGUGACGGCUUAACACAUUAUACAUGCAGGCCGAAAUGCUUAGGCCUCGAAUUUCCCUGAAAUCAAUCGACGGCAAUGGUGUUAAAAAUUGCUGUAGAACGUAACAGCUGUCUACGGCAAUUUUGGGCAGUUUUCACAGCAUUUUUCAAAUUACUGUAACAAAACUUUAAUUUCAUUGUUACUUUGGAUUUUUGACAAGCUAGAAACAUGUCUACCGGGUGUCCCAAAAAAAAGUACUCCGGUUUGAUUCGUAAUAACUUCUAAACAAUUAAAGCUUUUAAAGAGAAAUAACUUGCAUCAAAUAGAAGAAGGACUAACUUAGAUUUUGAUAUAUUAGAGUUGCAUUUCACUUAAAAAUUCACGGAGAUAUUAAUUUUUAAAAUCGGGAGCAUAUUUCUGGAUGUGUCUGAAAUAUGCAAAAAACGGCGUAUCAAAUAUUAAUCAACAUUUGCCCGACUGAAACAUGCACUAUUACCAGUAAAUAAAUGACAUUUGACAAAUUGUUUAUUAUGAAACAAAGUAUUAUUAUCUACAAAAUACAAGCAAGAUUUAUUUGUCCGAAAUAACGUGUGCAUGUGUUCCUAGCACGAAUACGUUUCCUUAUUUCAUGAGACCACUGCAUCGCAAAGGAUCGUCAUGCAUGAAUAUCCGCGUUCGUAGUUCUGAAUUAGGGCAUGCUGUCACAAUAGAAUUGUGAAGCUCUUCUAACUUCUUCGAAGUUCUGAAAUCUUGUUAAGAAAGCUCAAACUCUUUUGCCUUUUCUUAAUCUUGUUUAUCUUGUUAAGUUCAGAAUAAACUGAGAAUGAAACACAAUCAAACCAUACAACUCCAUAUAAGUAACAAGCAACUCCCCAGAGACAUCCAACAUUUUUGGAACGAAACGUAACAAAAUAGUAGCGUCGAUACUGUGAUGUGUAUUUGCAAAAAGCAAUAUUAUUUCCUUCAUAAUAAGAAUAUUCAUCCUGCUCUAACCGAGAAAUAAUCAACUCUGUUUUUAACCCAUGAAAAACAUAAAAAAUUAGGCUAUUUAAUUUAAGAAAAAUUUAAGCGCCUGCCUUAGUGGUCUUUCAUGUAUACCUUUAAGUUUGUAGGCUAAAGACCUAUUAAAUACUUGCAUAAUUUCGAACAUUAAUAUUUCAGGAAACAAUGACAUGAGCUAAGACUUACAUGCAUGUUAAGAUGUCUAAAUCUACGCCAUAUCCCUUGUACAAAUCCUAACGACAAUUCGUUGAAAUACAAGUUAGCCUGAUAUGUCAUUAAACAAACAAACGCUGGAGUUAUAUUUGAUAUGCCGAUUUUUGCUAAUUUUAGACACAUCCCAAAAUAUGCUCCCGAUUUUGAACAUUAAUAUCUCGGUGAAUUUUUAAGUAAAAUACAACUGUAAUAUAUCAAAAUCUAAGUUAGUCCUUCCUCUAUUUGAUGCAAGUUAUUUCUCUUUAAAAGCUUUACUUGUUUAGAAGUUAUUACGAAUCGAACAGGAGUACUUUUUUUUGGGACACCCGGUAUGUAUUUCUUUAGUGUUUUUUUUUCAAAGAAAACUGAGACUAAAAUUGCACUAUAUGGCAAAAAAUUGUCGUCGUUGCCGCAAUGAUCCACAGCAUUUUGUUCUCCCUCUACGGCAAUUGCCGCGAUAAAAUUCGAGCCCUGCUCUGUCUAUUUUACUCAUCAAGGAAAAGUGCUUCCACUCAAUGGGUUAAUUAAAAAAUUUCACAACAGCGUUACAGCCUAAAAUGUCCAUGGAUUUAUGACUGAACAUUUUCUUACCUAAAUUUUAUAUUAUAUUUUAGUAUUUGGUAUGAUUAUAACUGUUGGCCAAUCAGUCGUGUAUGUUAUGACUGGCAUGUAUGGCGAUCCCUCCGAACUUGGCUCUGGUAUUUGUCUCAUCAUUAUCAUCCAGGUAUUAAAAGCUUCAAGAUUGCAUUCUGAAGAAAAUAUACAAAAUCAAAUAGAUUAUUGCAUUUGCCCUUCAGUCUGUCCUGUGAGCUAGCAUGAAGUUCAAACAAUUGGUUAUCUAUACUAUUCAUAAAGUGAUCAUCAAUAUUUUGCUGUUAUUUGCUAUUAUAAUGAUGUGUUUUAGUAAGGUUGCAUAUUCUUUCCUAUUUUACAAAUUUCUUAAUGAAUUGUUAUACACAGUGUAAUGUAAAUCAUAUAUUUGCUUCUUAAUAGCUGUUCUGUGCUGGGCUUAUUGUGUUAUUACUUGACGAGUUAUUACAGAAAGGAUAUGGUCUAGGAUCUGGGUAAGUGCAUUGUAUUUAGGGUGCGGUGGUUUAGUGGUUAAUCAAUAAACGGGAAAAAACCCCUGGUGUUUUUUAAAAACUGAUAACUGAAGAAUCAGAAGAUGAAAAACUGCCAUAUGUACAGUAUUUAAAAAAUGGAUCUAGCAUGUGACAGUACACUAUUUAGUUCAGCAUUCCAUUGCAGUUUCACAUGUGUAAUCAUUAUGGUGCCUUUACAGUUUGGACAAGGUUUGGUUAAAAGUCUAUAUAUACUUGAUUCUACUGUACUUCCAAAUGUCAAUGCAAGUAGCGAUUUUAUUUUGAAGUGAAGUGAGGGAUGUACUUCCACUAAGUUAUUUUGGAAUAGAACUCUAAAGGAAUGCCCCAUCAUGAUCAUCAUACAUGAAAUUAUUUCAUAUUGUUAGUACGCAAUAAAAAAGAUUAAGCAGAUCAAACGAAAGAAUUUCGAGUAGCAUCAUGUAUGUUUUCAAAUAUAGUUUAAAACAUGUUUUUGAGAACCGAAUCACUGUUUCAUCGGCCGUUUUUCUCCUUUUGGUUUUGUAUAUAAGAUAAUUGUAUGUGCGUGUUUCUAAAUGACGACAUGCCAAUUAAAUGGUACUCUUCUAAAUAGAGUUACGGUACUGUUUUCUUUGCAGCAUCUCCUUGUUUAUUGCCACGAACAUUUGUGAAACAAUUGUGUGGAAAGCAUUCAGUCCAGCCACUGUCAACACUGGAAGAGGUAAGGCUUGGUGAAAUAUAGUGAUUCAUAAAAUAUAAUACUUCCAUUAACAUAAUCUAACAUAAUUAGCACUUAAUCUUUCCAGGUACUGAAUUUGAAGGUGCCGUCAUUGCUUUGUUCCAUUUACUGGCAACAAGAACAGACAAAGUUCGUGGAUUACGUGAAGCGUUUUACCGCCAGAACCUGCCAAACCUCAUGAACCUCAUGGCAACAGUUUUCGUCUUCGCUGUCGUAAUCUAUUUCCAGGUAUGCUCUUUCACACAGCUUUGGUCACUGGUCUGUACACUCUGGUCAUCAUUGGCUAUAUAACCGUGCAAUUGAGGGACACAUAGGACGCGCACUAUACAUAUAAUCUUAUUGUAGUGAUCAUUUUAUUUAGGGCUUCCGUGUUGACUUACCAAUCAAGUCUGCUCGCUACCGUGGUCAAUACAGUUCCUAUCCUAUCAAGCUUUUCUACACCUCAAAUAUUCCUAUAAUUCUUCAGGUAAGACAUGUGAUGAUGUGUUUUAAUGUUUUGAGUCUUUUGACGGAUAAUGGGAACCGUAUGGUGUUACUGUAAAAUUGUUUUAAAUACCCCCAAGAUCUAAAAUUCUAGCUAAGACCCUGCGGCUGAAAGCCAUUUAUAGUUUAAUUUUAUAGGUUUAAUAAAGAUGCAUUGACAAUUACUUCGUAAUUCAUAUGUAGCCGUAGUGUAUUGUGUAAGAUCCUAAGAGAGAGCCUAUUGUGUAAGAAAGACUUUGCAGCCUGGUAAUUGUUUUGUUCUUUUUUCUAUAGAGUGCUUUGGUAUCCAAUAUCUAUUUUAUCUCUCAAAUGUUGUCCGUAAAGUUUGGUGGACAUUUCUUUGUUAAUUUGCUUGGAACUUGGGAGGUACUUUAUUUUGUGGUAUCAUAACGUAUAAGAUUCAAUGCAGUGACUAGCGCAAUGGAGAUAGUUAAUACAGUGUUAAUAGUCAAAUAGGGCAGUUUAGUAGGGCAAAUAGAUAUAUGAUUGCAUGAAGAAAAUUAACAUUCAUUUAUUUCUUUCAUCGCUGAGUGGGACCACUUUGGGCAAUUCAUUUGAUUUAUUUCUUUCAUCGCUGAGUGGGACCACUUUGGGCAAUUCAUUUGACCUACCCAAAAGAAAAUAGUUUAUCAGGCCAUAUUUUUUCUAUUUGAAGUCCUGAAAACCUACCUGUAGAUCAGUAGAUGGUUCCACAGUAAUUCUAACAUUUGUUUUACUGUGACCUUUCCAGGAAGCCUCGGGUGGACCUGCUCGGUCAUAUCCGACAGGUGGUAUGUGUUAUUACAUGUCACCUCCAGAAACAUUAUCCCAUGUAAUUCAAGAUCCUGUUCAUGCUGUGGUUUAUAUCAUCUUUAUGUUGGGCACCUGUGCCUUCUUCUCGAAAACGUGGAUCGAUGUGUCAGGCUCGUCUGCUAAAGACGUUGCCAAACAACUGAAAGAACAGCAAAUGGUUAUGCGCGGUCAUCGAGACAAGUCUAUGAUUCACGAGUUAAACAGGUGUGACUUUGUUUGAGCGUUGUUUAUGUUCGCAUUAUUUUGUACAUUUUAUUCCAUCUUGUGUGACCAUUAUUCCAGGAUCGUUCACCUUAUAUCAUAGUAACCGAUUUUACAUUCUCAUUCUUGUCGCAGGUAUAUUCCAACUGCCGCAGCUUUUGGUGGUCUGUGUAUUGGUGCACUUUCUGUACUUGCUGAUUUCUUAGGUAAGAGGGUUUGGUAAUAGUUUACUAAAAUAUCUUGAGGGUUGGCAGCUGUGUGUGCCAUUUUACAUUUUCUAAUUUCCAGGGCAGUCACCUGCAGCACAGUGAUGAUAUUUUGUAAAGGUAUUUUGAAAUAUCUUUUUCUCUUUUUAGGUGCAAUUGGGUCUGGUACAGGUAUCCUACUGGCAGUCACCAUUAUAUACCAAUACUUUGAAAUCUUCGUUAAAGAACAGAGUGAGAUGGGCGGAGUUGGCACUUUACUUUUCUAACGAUGGAAUAUAAUAAUCUGAAAUAUUUACCAAAAACUGCACGAGUACUCUAUAUAAAGAACUGGUUGAAGACGCCACUGGAGCAAGAAUUUUGUUACAAUGGGAUAACACUGUCGAAGAGAAAUUUCUGAUUUUUGUUUGCAAAUCGUGGUAUUAGCGUGAAACAAGAGAGAACAUUUUUAAUUCUUGUAAAGUUGGCGAGAUGUUUACUGUAUUUUAAUCAAUUCUGUCUUAUGAUGAAAAUGUAUUGUGCGUGGUCUGUCAAAAUCAAUAAAGUUGUUUUAAAAUUUUUACUUUGUUUUACCUGGUCUUCAGAAGUUGCUUCACAAUACACCUUUUCGAUAAUUACGAC